AUGGCAGACAAGGAUAGUGUGGAGAAGUACUUGGAAAACAAUCCCCAGUUUGCCAAAGAGUACUUUGACAGGAAGGUGAACGCCGAAGCGCUGACGGCGGCCUUCGGCUCCAAAGUUGAAGCCAAGGAUGCCAACUCGUUCAAGGACAUCACGGCCAUCCAGGAGGCGGUGGUCAUCUUCGAGCUGGUGCAGGAGAUGCAGAAGGUGGGGAACAUGGAGCAGUCCAUGCACAAGGUCCUGCAGAGAGUGUGCUCCAUCAUCCAAGCGGACAGGGUCAGCUUUUUCUUUUGUCGCUCACGAAACGGAAUACCCGAGCUCACGACUAACCUCUUUGACAUCACGCCGACUUCUCCGUUCGAGACCAACUUGGUGCAUCCCCGGAGUGAGAUCGUUUUCCCCACAGAUAUCGGAAUUGUGGGACACACGGCGCACACCAAAAAGCCGCACAACGUACCGGAUGUCACCAAGAAUUCCAAAUUUAGUGACUUUGUGGACAGACAGACAGACUACAAAACCAAGAACAUGCUGACGUUUCCCCUGAUGGCCGAGAAGGAAGUUCUGGGGGUUGUCAUAGUGCUCAACAAAAUCGGUGCCGAUGCCUUCACCAACGAGGAUGAGAAGCUCUUCCACAGGUACAUGAACUUCGCUCAGGUCAUCGCGCUGCAGGAACACACGGCCUACAUGUUCAACGUGGAGUCCAGGCGGAGUCAGGUGCUGCUCUGGUCGGCCAGCAAGGUGUUUGAAGAGUUGACAGACAUUGAGAGACAGUUCCACAAAGCCCUGUACACUGUACGGACAUACCUCAACUGCGAGCGCUACAGUGGACUCCUGGACAUGACCAAGGAGAAGGAGUUCUACGAUGAAUGGCCGGUGAAACUGGGAGACGUGGAGCCCUACAAGGGGCCAAAGACACCCGACGGCAGGGAAAUUAUCUUCUACAAAAUCAUUGACUAUUUGCUGGAGGCCAAAGAAGAAAUUAAAGUCAUACCGGGUCCCCCCGCCGAUCACUGGGGGCUGGUCAGCGGUCUGCCCACCUACGUAGCCGAGAACGGAUUUAUCUGCAACAUGAUGAAUGUAGCAGCAGAUGAAUAUUUCACCUUCCAGAAAGGGCCAGUGGACGACUCAGGCUUUGUCAUCAAGAACGUCCUGUCUCUGCCCAUCGUCAACAAGAAGGAAGAAAUCGUGGGCAUCGCCACCUUCUUCAACAGGAAGGACGGCAAGCCCUUCGACGAACACGACGAGCAGAUCACAGAAGCCCUCACCCAGUUCCUGGGCUGGUCCGUGCUGGUGUGUGACACCUACGACCGCCUGAACCGCAUGGAGUGGCGGAAGGACAUCGCCGAGGAGAUGCUCAUGUGUCAGACCCAGUGCACGCCCGCCGAGCAGCAGACCAUCCUGAACACCAAGGAGAAGUUUGACGCCCUACCAGAGGACUGUGACCAGAAGGAGAUGUACAAACUCUUGAGAGCGACGUGCCCGGUGGCGACCGACGUCCACGGGGAAUCCCUGCUCCUCUUCGGCUUCAGCGACUUCCCCUCCUCCGAGACCGACCUCAUCAAGGCCGGCAUCCGCAUCUUCUUCGAGCUCAACGUGGUGGAGAAGUUCAAGGUCCCCGCAGAGACGCUGACCAAGUGGAUGUACACCGUCCGGAAGGGCUACCGUGACAUCACCUACCACAACUGGAGGCACGGCUUCAACGUGGGCCACACCAUGUUCUGCCUGCUGCAGACGGGUAAACUUCGGAAGUACUACUCUGACCUGGAUGCCUUCGCCAUGGUGGCGGCCGCGUUCUGCCACGAUAUCGACCAUCGAGGAACCAACAACCUCUACCAGACCAAGAGUGGCUCCCCUCUGGCCAAACUCCACGGCUCCUCCAUCAUGGAGAGACACCAUCUCCAGUUCAGCAAGACCAUCAUGGCAGAAGAGAGCCUCAACAUUUUCUGCAACCUCCAGAAGCGACAGUUCGAGACGGUACAGCACCUGUUUGACGUCUGCAUCAUCGCCACUGAUCUGGCGCUCUACUUCAAGAAGCGAACCAUGUUCCAGAACAUCGUGAACGCCACAGAGCCCAUGGAGGACGAGAAGGAAGCCAUUGCAUACAUCUCCAACAACGCCACCCGCAAGGAAAUCAUCAUGGCGAUGAUGAUGACUGGCUGUGAUUUGUCGGCUAUUUGUAAGCCUUGGGAGGUUCAAAGCAAGGUGGCUCUGAUGGUGGCCGCUGAGUUCUGGGAGCAGGGAGACUUGGAGAGGAGUGUCCUCGACCAGCAGCCUAUUCCCAUGAUGGACAGAAAUUGUGCAGAGCAGCUACCCAAGAUGCAGUGCGGUUUCAUUGACUUUGUGUGCUCGUUUGUGUAUAAGGAGUUCUCCCGGUUCCACAAGGAGAUCACGCCCAUGUUCGACGGGCUGAAGAACAACCGCGCGCACUGGGCUGAGCAGGCAGAGGUGUACAACGCCAAGAUGAAGCUCAUCGAAGACGAGAAGAAGAAGCUGGAGGACGCGGCCGGAGGCAAAGGUGGAGAGGACGGUGGCAAGUCCAAGACGUGUUCCAUCUGCUAAAGCAUCUUGUCUUGUCUGCACCCUGGCUGGUCUGAAGAGGUCCACACCAGCCUGUUGUAGUCCAAUCUGGACCACUGC